AUGGAUCCCGUGCCGGAGUUCCAAGCGGAGCUUUGCGCGGCUGCGGGCAACAAGCUGGGGGAGUGCCCCCUGUGGGACGACGCGCGCCAGUUGAUUUGCUGGAUCGACAUCCAGGGCAAGCGCCUGUUGCAGCACGACCCCUUGGGGCCGCCGGGGAACAGCAGGAGCUUCGAUUUGCCAAAGCGGCCGGGCUCUUUUUGCCUCACCGAAGCAGGUGACUACCUUCUGGCCCUGGAGGAUGGAUUUUGCUUCUUCGAUCCAUCUACUGGCGAGCUGCGGCCUAUUUUGCCAGACCAGGACUGGCGGGUGCCGCCGUCGACGCGGCUGAACGACGGCCGUGUGGACUGCGGGGGCCGCUUCGUGGCCGCGGGCUGCGUGGAGAAGGGCGAGGAGCCCAGGGCCCAGGUCUACCGCCUCAAUAGCGACUUGUCUGUCGAGACACUUCUUGACAACGUGCGCUGCGGCAACUCGAUUUGCUUCAGCGAAGAGCGCGGCAUGUUCUUCGCGGAUCCAGCCCUGCGCGUGGAGGAUGCUGGCACAGCCAGCAGCAUUUGGCAGUUUCCGGACUAUGCCACCACAGGACGUUGCGCGUGUCCGCAGCUCUUCGUGGAUGCUGAGAACCGGCCCGACGGCUCGGUGCUGGAUGCGGAGGGCUGCCUCUGGAACGCGGAGUUUGGGGCUGGCAGAGUCGUCCGCUACCGACCGGAUGGCUCGGUGAGCAUGGUGGUGCGAGUCCCAGUACGCUUCACCACGUGUGCCGCUUUUGGCGGCAAGGACAUGCAGACCAUGUACAUCACUGACGCCUCAGUGCCGACCUUGGACGAUCAAAGGGCCAGCAGCUAG